AUGACGCCCCCGCCGAUUCCGAUCCUUCUUUUCUCGUUGCUGGCCUUCUGGUUGAUGUACUACGCAGACGUCGUGUUGGUCCGGGACAGGCUCGGCUCUCUGCGUUCAUGGCAAGAAUUUGCCGCAGCAACGCUUUGGUGCACCGUGCAAAAUCUUCUGGCGGUAGUAGCUCCAUGGACCUUCGCCCGCCAUUCGGGUGCAACACUGCAGGACCUGGGUCUCCGGAUGCCUGACCUGGCAGACCCCUGCUACCAGCUGCUGUUGAGCUGGCUGUUUGCCGCGCAGCUUCUCAAAGCCUUUCCCGACUUAAAAACUGGGAAAGACUUCUUGAGGGAUGGUGGCAUCUGCACCCAGAUUGCUUGGAAUGCUUCAACGCUGUGGAAAUGGUUCUUUGCGUAUUGCUGGGUGCAGCAAAGCGCCCGGCAGCUCGGGGGACCCAUCGCUGCCCUCUUGAUGAGCACCUCCUUCUUCACGCUCUUCCAUGUCGGAACCCAAGAUGUCGCGUACCUGAAGAGGGCCUGGCUGGUGAACGCUUUCUUCGCGGUGCCUUUCCUUUUUUUUGGCUUCUGCGUUAUUUGGCCGCUGGCUGUGGGAACCGGCGGUGCCGUCGGCACUACCAAGAGCAAUCGAUUCUUUCGGUGGAUCCAUGUCCGGGCACAGCUCGCAGGGUUUCUCCUCGCUGUUGCCUUGGGCUAUGCUGCGGAGCUUCACCUGGGCUAG